ACCCGGAACAACAACAACAGUCUGAACAGUAGCAUGAAGUUUUAACUCAGUAGGACUUUGAUACUGUGUUAUGUUGAUGUUUUAUCACCUCGACUGUACAUGUAAGGAGUGAACAAGAGUAUCGGACCUAACUUCAGUGCCUUUGUGUGUUUCUCCAUGGGUUCCUCCGCUCGUCUGAGACAUUAUAUAAACGAUAAUAAACCAUUAAUCUUAGAUGGAGGACUAGCAACCGAACUUGAAGCGCAAGGAGCCAAAUUACAAGGAGAUCCAUUGUGGAGCGCCAGGCUUUUGCACACUAAUCCCCAGGCCAUAAAAGAUGCUCAUUACAAGUUUCUCCUCAGUGGUGCUGAUGUCAUCACAACAGCCACGUACCAGGCGAGUAUCACAGGAUUCAUCGAUCACCUGGACGUGAGCUCUGAACGCGCCAGAGAGCUGCUGAUGUCUGGAGUUGAACUAGCCAAAGAGACGGUCGAGAGAUUUGUCUCUGACACUCCUCCGAAAGGGCAGACAUGUCCGCUGGUGGCGGGUUCUGUUGGGCCAUACGGGGCCUUUCUGCACGACGGCUCAGAGUACACCGGGGCUUACGCACAAAAGAUGAGUGUUGAGGAGCUUAAAGUUUGGCAUCGGCCACACAUCGACUGCUUGGCAGCUGCAGGAGCUGAUCUCAUAGCUUUUGAGACAAUCCCGAGUAUCAAAGAGGCGGAGGCUCUGGUCGAGCUGCUCAGGGAGUUUCCCGACUCUAAAGCCUGGCUCUCCCUCUCGUGUAAGGAUGGGAAGUGCAUGUCAGACGGCAGCCCGUUCACCGAUGUGGUGCAGAUUGCUAAUCGGUCCUCGCAGCUGGUUGCUGUAGGCGUCAACUGCUGCUCACCGGUGCUGGUGGAGCCGCUGCUGGAGUCUGCCGGGUCGCUGCUGAGCCCACAUUUGAGCUGGGUGGUGUAUCCCAACAGUGGAGAGGAGUGGAACACUCAGCAGGGAUGGCUGAUGUCAGAGAAAACAUCAGCAUUAGUACCUGAGCUCAGUCGUACGUGGAUGAAGCAAGGUGCUGCUUUGAUAGGAGGCUGCUGCCGGAUCGGUCCUGCUCACAUAGCCGAGCUACGACACCAGUUAAAAGGAAGUGGCAUGUCUGCGGACUCUGCAGUGUGACCGGGCCAAAAAUGUGACGCUGACUGUUGUAAAGAAAGAUGUCUGUUCCAGAAGUGUUUAUUAAAAAAAAACUUAGUUUAUUGGAAAAUUAAUAAAUAAACCAUUACAUCAAAUGA